CAAUGUUCCUCGCGCGAGUGUUUUGAUAAAAUUUCGUCAACCAAAUUCGUUCUUCAUGUUCGUUUAGAAAGUUGGCUAAUAAAAUUAUAGUGAAUCGAUCAGUCUGGUUGUGCUAAAAGUGAUCGUCUAAACUGUUAAACGUUGCCUUAAUUUUUGUGUUGUAAUUCGUCAUUUGUUUUGUUAGCUGGCCGUCAUUCUAGAACAAAGGCAAGGAUUGAAAAUUUGGAAAACAAAUUCACGGAAGUUGUUUUCUCAUCAACAUUAAUUUUUCCACCAGAAUUUGCAUGUGUUGUAAGCGUUGUGUUUUUCUGGAUUAUCUUGAUCAAUCAGAGUCACUUUAAAUAACACAACAACCGGAAUUAUGAAUUCCUUUUUGCGAGGCUCUACCAAUUAUGUCUGGUGCACUACAAGUGUUCUGGGGAAAGGAGCCACGGGGGCUGUUUUCCAGGGAGUCAAUAAACAUAACGGGGAACCAGUGGCCGUCAAGACCUUCAACCAGCUUAGCCACAUGAGACCUCACGAUGUGCAGAUGCGAGAGUUCGAGGUGCUCCGUAAGGUCAAGCAUAAUAAUAUCGUAAAGCUGCUGGACAUUGAAGAUGAUCAAGAGGGACGGGGAAAGGUCAUCGUCAUGGAGCUAUGCACUGGGGGCAGCCUGUUCAACAUUUUAGAUGAUCCGGAGAAUACAUACGGCUUGCCACAGAGGGAGUUUCUGCUGGUUCUGGAGCACUUGUCCGCUGGAAUGAAGCAUUUGAGGGACAACAACCUGGUCCAUCGAGAUUUGAAACCAGGAAACAUUAUGAAAUAUAUCUCGGAAGAUGGGCAAACGAUCUACAAAUUGACCGAUUUUGGGGCUGCCCGUGAACUGGAAGAAAACCAGCAAUUCGUAUCACUUUACGGUACCGAAGAGUAUCUGCAUCCGGAUAUGUACGAAAGAGCUGUGCUGAGGAAGUCCAUCAAUCGUAGUUUCACCGCUAAUGUCGAUCUCUGGUCGAUUGGUGUAACUCUUUAUCACGUGGCUACGGGAAAUCUUCCGUUUCGGCCAUAUGGUGGUCGUAAAAAUAAGGAAACCAUGCAUCAUAUUACCACAAAAAAGGCCCCCGGAGUUAUCUCAGGUACACAAACAAGCGAAAAUGGACCGAUUGAGUGGUCUCGGCAUCUGCCCCCUCACUGUCAACUGAAGGCAGGCUUGAAGUUCCUAGUCACCCCGCUGCUAGCGGGUUUGCUCGAGGAAAACCAGAAACGCAUGUGGUCUUUCGACCGUUUCUUCUACGAAGUUCAGCACAUCCUGAAUAAGAAAGUGCUGCACAUUUUCUAUGCUAAUCGGGCCACCUCGAUUGAGGUGUACAUGGAUCCCGAGGAAACGUUCUUCAACUUGAAAGAGCAUAUUUUUGUGCAAACGGAAGUGCCCCACAGCUCGCAGCUAUUGCUGUUGGAGUCAGAACUGUUUGAAUUGAAAGUGGGUGCUAACAAUAGUGCACGUGGCUACCAAUCGACCGAAUCGGAAGCGCCGCUGAUGUUGUUCAACAUCGAGAACAACAACGUCACACUACCAACCGAGCUGGACUUGCCCAAAUUUCCUUCGUUCCCGAGCGGCGUUUCGGUCGAGAACGAUGCCAGUCUUGCCAAGGUAGGCUGCUCGGUGGGCCACGAAUGCAAACGGCGAGUGGAAACCUUUUCCUCGCUGGACACGCUGAUGAACAAGGCCGUGGAGCAGUUCGCGGGGCUGCUGAAGAAUUUGCUGCUCAAACUGCUGGAUCGAGUCAAACAUCUCGAGGACGUUGGCAAUUCAAUUUGGGAGAUUUCGGAAUUGGUGGAAGUAGCUGUUCUAAAUAACGAGGCGUACCAGGACAAGGCAUCGCAAAUUGCAACCGAUUUGAACACCUUGAAAAGUGCGUUCCAAAAAAUUUCGGACCCGGUCCAGCAGCUGCACAAUCGCUUCGUUGCCGAGGAAUCGCUCAGCCGCGAGUGGAUCACAGCCUAUCGAGAUCUUCGCAGCCCGAACAAGAAUCGCGUUAACGAGAAGGCCAAAUAUCUGGUCGAGAGGCUGCGUGACUCCUGGCAACAUUUGCUACGGGACCGAGCAACCCGAUCGCUAACCUACAACGAUGAACAGUUUCACGCCCUGGAGAAAAUCAAAAUCACCGAAACCGGCAAAAGAAUCAAAACUCUGCUGAACGACGAUGUUCGCCCGGCAGUAGAAUUGGAAGCCGAAUGUUUGGCCGAUUGGUACAAAAAAGCCCAGACCAUCUUCCUGCAGACUCAGUUUCUGCACAAGGAUGUGACUUCACACGAGGAGACGUUGUUCGACAUCCGGGAUCGAUUGGUUCAGAUUAAGGAGGAUUUGAAGGAGGACAUAAAAAAUGAUGGAGAAGUGUCGAAGAUUGCUAAUGAAUCAACCAUGAAUGAGCAUAACAUCGAAUGCAUCAGAAAAACAAAAGAAAUGCAAAGUUAUUUGAGGACUAUGUACAACUAUAUGCGGGAUAUCAAAAAGACGGUUCAGCAAAACAACGAGCUAAUUGAAGUUUUCAAUAUGGAUCAACAUUCCGUUAACGAUGAAGAAUCCACUUGAUUUCCAAAGUUCCGUAAUUAAUUCGAGUGAUAGUUUUUGUUCUUUUUUAAAACAAAACCAAUUUAUCUUAUACUACUCCUAUAGUAUACAUUUACUAGAUAAUGUCUAUUAUCCACAUUGUAAGAUGUUUUUAUUUUCAUGACUCAAUAUACCCCCAGGAAAAGAUAAUUAAAAUAAUGUUUUAAUUUGAUCAAUCAACGAACACAGAGAAAGCUCGCCCAUUCCACAAGAAACUGAGGGAAAAAUUACAUCCGCCCCUCAC